AAACACGACCGUUGCCUUAGCAACGAGUUUGAAAAAGCUAAGACAUUAGAUUAUCAGCAGGUUUCAUUUAAACAAUAAUUAGCAGAAAUUUGGCUGAGAUUUGUGAUGGAAACAACUGUGUUUCUUCUGACGGUGAACGGACAGAUUGAAGGAGCGAACUUUCCAGACUAUGACAAUUUAUACUGCAAAUAUUGUUACGUCUACGGCCAUGACUGGGCUCCCACCACAGGUUUGGAAGAAGGCAUCACACAGAUAGCCUCUAAAAGCAUCCAGUCUCACAGGUUAAUAUGGAACUUUCCUUUGGAGACAACAUUCAAGAGCACAAAUCCUUCUGGGUGGCCUCAGCUUGUGGUGAGUGUCUACGGACCAGAUGUUUUUGGCAAUGAUGUGGUCAGGGGUUACGGAGCAACACACAUCCCCUUCACACCUGGACAUCUGUUCCCUUUUCUCAGACAUACAAGAACCAUCCCCAUGUUUGUUCCAGAGCCCACGUGGAGGCUUCAAAGGUUCACAGAUUGGUUGUUAGGAUGGCGGCCGGAGUACACCGACCCUAAAGUGGUGGCACAGGGGGAAGGUCGAGAAGUGACAAGGGUUCGAUCUCAAGGUUUUGUUACCGUCUGCUUUCACAUAAUGACCAAAGACAUGAAAAAGAUGGGCUACGACACGGGACCAUCGACCCCAUCAACCGUCCAGUCUGCCAGUUCUGGUUGGUCAACGGAGGUGGAAUCAUAUGCGAAAUAACAUAAGACCUAACCGGGCUACAUAUCAGUUAUCAUCCUGAGUGAGCUCCCAGCAGUCCAGUAUGGACAGAGAACAGAAAAAGUCUUAAAUUUAGGCCUUUUUGAUUUGUCAUACUAGGUCUUAAAUUAUUUGUUAACUCUUACAUUUGUAUGUUUGUAACAGAAAAAUUAGAAAAUGUGGUUUUAAUUGUUCAUCUUUCUUUGAGGAAAGAUUCAUUCAUUGGUCUGAUUUUAAAUACUAGCUGCUGAUUUCGGGUGUUACAUUGUGAGAUGCUCUGUUAUUUACUAAUAGCUCCUUUAUCAUAAUAAGCUGUAUGUUUAGUUAGAUCUGGCUUUCCAUUAGAACCACCAUUGGAAAGGUUUGCUUUAACCUACUUUUUACUG